AUGUGCCAAAUACUCCACAAUAAAAAUACGUACAAAGUAUCAAAAUGUAUCAUUGGAUUAAUGACAGUCAAUUGUUUGAUGUAUUUAACAACUACAACAAAAAUAUAUUCACAACAAAUCCAUGAUUUUAAUCCAAUACGAAAUUUGCCGCCCCCACCACCAUUAUCACAACGACGUCAAGGUUAUGGAUACAGUGCAAGUAUUGUACAUUACACACCUGGUGAUCCGAACGCACAACAUGCACAAAGUGAAAUCAAUGUGAAUAUGAAUUUAAAUAAUGAAGUACGCCAACCAAAAAUCACGAACAAUGAAAUUAAUUCCAAUAAAAAAUCAACACAUUUUCAACCGAAUCCACAAUCCUCAUCAAAAUCAAUCAAACCAAAUAGUUUUGAUUCCACGAAACCUUUAUUCCAUUCACAAUUACCCAAUCAAAUGCAAAUUCAACCACAAAAAGGUGUUCUACACAUCACAGAAUCAAAACCAAAACAAGUUAGCACAAGUUUAGGACAAAAUUCAUUUAAUGUCGGUUAUAGUAUUGGAUUUGGAACACAAUCGGAUACACCAACAUCGAAUGUUGUUCAGCCACCAGCAGGUUUCAUGGAACUACAAAAGUUUACACCAGAUAUUGUCAAAGGAACUGCAAAUGAUAAAGUCUUGAAACCAGCAGCAUUUCAAUCAGAAAUCAAACCAAAGGAUUAUGUUUUAAGUGCAAUGGAAUCAUAUCAAAAACAAGGAAUUCAAUUACCAUUUGCGAAAACAAGUCCGAAAAAAAUUGAUGAAACAAAUUACAAUCAAUAUAAAUAUCAACAACAAUAUGGCGGUGAUGAUAUUUUAACCUCAUCCAAUCAACAAACAGGUUAUGUAUCAAAAAGUUCGAAGAAAUUAACCUCAAAACCAAAGCAUGUUGAAUCCUCAAUUUAUUCGAAACAAAAUACAGAUAAUUUCGGUUGGAAAUCAUUAAGUCCAACAUUAGAAGUUGCAUCGGGUAUUACUAACCUAAAUACAGCACAUAAUACAAAUCCCUUGACCGUAUCAUCAAAACAUUCAACAAAUGGUCAUACUCUAGUUAAUUCACAAUCAUCACAAACACAUUUUGAUCAUGCACAAGCACUUGGUCAUAGUCAAGGUUUUGAUUAUUCAAAUGCAAUUAAUUUUGAAAAUAAUUUAACACCAUCAUUGAGCAAUCAUCAUGAACAACAAACCGCAUCAGCAGUUUCAUCAGUCAUUCAAUCGACACCCGUACCUGCAUCAAUCAUCACACAUCAACAGGCACAACAAAGUGGGCGGUCUUCAUCAUCGGUAGAUUCGAAUUUUAAUGGCUAUCAACAACAAUAUCAACCCGUGUCGUUAAGUUGGUUCAAUAAUCAAGAUGCAAUUACAACUGCUACAACUAAAGAUCAACUCGUGUUAAAUAAUCAACCACAACCAGCAACGGAAUCCGUUAAAAUUCAAUCGAAUAAUGGAUUAAGUAAACAGUAUUCAGCGAAUCCUUUGCCAAUUGAUACACGUCUCCUGCAACCUGUACCAUAUUUGACAACUAGUACGAUACAACAGCCAUCGAGUAAUAGCUUACCAAUUUAUUUUGACACCAGUUUAUUACAAAAAGCGCUGUUGUCGAAUGACAAUGGACAGAUCAAUCAAAUACGUUUAGGAGGUCUUAAUGCGAAUCCAAGCCAACCAAAUUCUGUAUAUACUUUGCCAGCAUCAUCUAAUCCAGUUAAACCAAACAGUCCACCUGUUCAACAUCAAAAAUCUGAAGUAAUAUUUAAUUCACGACCCAAUUCGAAUGAAUAUCAUCAACAACACCAUGACAGUCACAAAGUAAUUCGUCAAGAAAAACCAGAAAGUAAACGUCACUACUAUCAUAAUCAUCAAAGCCAUGUACAAGAACAACGAGGCGUAUCAGAUCGUGGCCAAACUCAACAAAUAAAUCAUCGUUUAUAUCAAAGUCAACAAUCUGCACCGUCAAUGUUAAUGACGGCGUCUUCGAAUGGUGUUGGUGAUCAACAUGGAAGUCAUUCAACACAAGUGAACUCUGUAAUAUCACCAGUUGAACAGGUAAUUAAAGGUAAACAUAAGAAACCAGGUGUUGUUAGACAUCCACGUGUUCUUAACAAUGAUAACGAUGACGAUGAUGAAAUUAUGACCAAAUCAUCAUCAUCAGGAUCAUCUGGAGUACAUCAUCAAAUUAAUGCGAGAAAUUCUAAUGUUGGUCAUUCAAAAUAUCAUGUAAAUACGCAUGCGUUACGACCGCCUCCUAUGAAUUUUAUUAUUAAGAAAUUUUCUAGUUAA